AUGCCAAAUCCCGUCGUCGUCAUCACAGGCGCAUCCAGAGGCAUUGGCCUUGCCGUUACCCAGUCCUUACUCAAGGAACUCAACGCCAAUGUCGUCACUAUAUCGCGGACUCGAACACCAGAACUCAGCCAACUGAUUGAAGAACACAAGCAAUCAUUGCUGACCAUUGAGUGCGACAUCACAGACGAACCCGCGCUCCAAAGCGCUAUAACUCGCGGGAAAGACCACUUCGGGCAGAUCGACGGGUUAAUUCUCAAUGCCGCGACUCUAGACUCCAUGGGACGCAUCGACAAUCCUGAUAUUAGCCUAGACGACUGGAAGCGUCAUUUUGACGUCAAUUUUUUCUCGCUCAUUACUACUAUUAGGGCUUCUUUGCCCGCCUUGCGAGAAUCGAAAGGCAGGAUCGUGUUUGUAAGUUCUGGAGCGGCUACCGGGGGCAUACAUGGAUGGGGCGCGUACAAUGCUAGUAAAGCUGCGAUGAACAGCUUGAGCAGAACCCUCGCAAACGAAGAACCUUCGAUCGUUUCAUUGGCAAUAGCGCCUGGAAGAGUCGACACUGUCAUGCAGACUAUAUUGCGUGACUCUGGAGCGGCGCACAUGACGGCGACAGAUCAUAAGAAUUUUGUCGACGCUUUCAACGAGGGCAUUCUGGUCAAUCCGCAUGAUGUUGGAUAUGUCAUCGCUGGGCUCUCGUUGCGCGCUCCUCUUUCGCUUAGUGGGCAGUUUGUGCGGUGGGAUAAUGAGGAGUGUAAAGAUUUUAGGAGAAAAUGA